AUGUCUAACCCACGAGAUGUGUCGCUACUCGUCGUCGUCGUCGUCGCUCUUUCGGUUUCAUACAUAUCCACGUGUUGUGAAACCGAAUGCGCAGCGACACGCAACGCGGUUCGAUCGUGCUUACCUGUUACACCACUGACAACAACUAUUACGGAACCACCAGAGAGACCACCCAUACCACCAGACCCCAUCGUUCCACCUCCAGCAGUCAUAGCACCACUACCGAAACCAGUGGAGUCAUUCAAACCAACAGAAGAACCAAAUCUAUUUACAGAAAAGCCUGCUUUUUUAACCCAACCCAAACCUAUAUCACAUUCCCCGAAGAUCUCUCCAUCGUCGAUACCGAAUCCUAGUCCAAGUGUGACAGCUACCAAACAAGCUGAACCAGGAUAUCCCAAUUAUAACAGUUAUUUGUAUUCAAUACCAGGAUACUCUGCAUUUCAACCAGUGUCUUUUCCAGGAGUGAUUCAACCAAAUCAGGCUUCUGUACAAAACGAUGUCACCAGCAAUGAUUUCGUACCAUUCCCAAAGAUAGUCACGACAGAAGCAAUUGUAGAAGAAAAAAUAUAUACUGAUGUGAAAACGCUUACAGAUACCCAAACUAAUCAACCACAAGUAGCCAUUCCAAAGCCUCAAACUGAUUUUGAAGAACAUUUUACGCCCGAGAUUAUACCAGCUGUAUCAGUAGACACAAACCAAACAUCAGAAUGUAAACUGAGUAUAACUUCCUUGACCCAAGGCUCUGGCUCCACUGUAACUAUCCCAUCCCAAAUACCAAACAAAGACACCAAAACAAAAACGCCUGAACGAUUUAGCUUAAAAACAAGCAUUCCAAUAAGUAAAUUAGAUUUAAAAUGUGUCAAUACUCCACCCGAUCCGGUUUUUACAAAUACUGUAACCAAAAAGGUACCUGUGAGUCAGCCCUUUCAAAAUAAACAAUGUGAUAAUGGAUCAAGAGUAGAAAUACAAAGUAACAUUGUCAUCAAAUCUGCCCUAGAUUCAGAAAAUAAAGAAGUUAAAGGAAACUCACAAAAUAACAGCAUCAGCACACUUAUAAAUGCCGCAGAAGCUAUAAACAAAACAGAAACUCAAUUUAAGAAACCCGAUACAAAAUCUGAAAUAUCCACUGAUGUAAAAGAUUUAGCUCUUCCAAUGACAACACAAUCAUCUAAUGUUAUAUCUAGACCAUUGUUCAAUCCCAUAAAUGUAGAAACCAAUAAAACAGGUUUUCUUAAUAAACCACCAGAUGGGUCAUUCAACGAACAAAAAAAUCAAAUAUUGUUCAUACAAAACAAGAACGCUACUAGUUCUAAAAUGUUGCUAACCAUUCAGCAACAAAAUCCCCAAGUUUUACUUCAAAGAACUAAUUUUGAUUCAAAAAACCUGCAAGCUCCUUCACGAUUGUCAAACCAAAAUAAAAAAUGUAAAGAAGAGGUUGUCAACGACGGCAGCAUUUCUUCGAAAGUCGUCGCUUUGAAACGGCUCCAUCAAGAAAACUGCGACGAAAAUGAUUUUGAAAACUUAAUCACAGAAAAUCAAAUAUAUGGCAAUAAGAUAGUCGUGAAGGAGAAAUCGCAAGGAACGUCACAAGAACAAGACUUGAAGAGCAAAGGUAAAAUAGAUAAACCUAAUCAGAAUGAGACAAAAAAUGUUGUAUUACAACCUAACUUUCUCUACCUUAGCAACGUGCAAUUUCCAGCAAAUUUAAUGAUGAUCAAAAAUAACACAAAAGUUACACAAAGUAGUGACGUGCUCAAGACAAAUAAAGUACCAUCAAAUGAAAACAAAACAUCAGAAACAACUACUGUAACAAGUAAUAUAGAUUCUAAUGCACACAUAAAGAAUAAUAAAUCCCAAAAUAUCACUGUUAGUAAAGAAAUACAUGUAUUAAAAUCCAGUAAUAAUGUUCUGCAAACAUUAUCAAAUAAAAAUAACAAAACUGAUUUAGUGUUUCAAACGACUAAUCAGAAAGUGAUAAUGAACCCUCAGAUAGUAUAUCAAGUUCCAAUGAUUGUUGAAUCUGACAAUAAACCGUUCAUAAACAUGGAGUACUCCAAAUUCGUAGGUCAAAAUAAAAAGGAUUUUUCCAAGCCCUUUGAACAAAACAAAUCGAGUGAUAAGCUUUUCAUAGCGUGUCCCUACCAAAUGGAUUCAAAAUUACAACCGAAGAUUGUCAUUACAAAUAUAAGACCUAAAAUAUCCAGAAUAGAGGAAGUAAGUUCAUUAGAUAUAUAUGAAAAACGAAGAAAACUGCGACGACUGAAAUAUCUUAGCAAUCGCGAAUCAAAAGAACUAAAGAGCGAUAUAAAAAAAUCUCAAGAGAAAGAGAAAACGGAGAGUCGUAAAAAUAUAAUAACACCUGAAAAAAUGUCAGCAGAGAUCUACAAAGAAUUUGCAAAUACUAAAAUUACUGUUGAAGAAGGCGCGAGUGAAAGCGAUAGUGAUUAUGGUGAGGACGAAUUGAAAGAAUACAACUCAAUAAUAAAGGAAUUCACAGAGAAGUCAGAGAAUGAUAAUGGCAAAGUUGAAUUUAUGUCUUCUCUCAGACUAGCAACACUUGAAACAUAUAAAGAAAAAGAACUUGAACGUCAAGAGAAAAUCCUAAAAUGUGAUUCCGUUGCAUCAGCUUACAUAGCAGCCGGGCGCCUUGAUAAAAUUACGUGUGAGGAAGAUACUCUAGAUGCUCCUAUAUUAAGGGAAGCUCUGACACCAAUAAAACUUACAGAAGAAUCCGAACCAAAAGAAAUGGAGAACGGUAUAUGUUUGCAGCGGAAACAAAUGUUCCUAUCCCAGUUGAAGUUGAUGCAAGUUUCUACAAAAUACAAAGAAGGAUACGAAAGAGUAUGGCAAGUUAUCCUUAAAGAGAGGAAACGACGAGAUGGAAGCGUACAUGACGACGCCAGAACGAAGCAAUUAAGGUCAGACGUAGACUUGGACACGAACGGUCAGCUCCGGAUACUAACAGAGAUCAAGAAGAGUGUCAACGAAACUAACAAUUUAAUAAAAAAGCGAUUAGAUUCCAAUUCCUACAGAACAGACGGUGACAGUAUAAGAGUAUUGGCUGAAAAGAACUUCUCAGAGCUGAACAGGUUAUCAAAGUUGGCCGACAGAAGCGUGAAGCUCUUCAGCGGCCAGGAGACUAGAAAAAGAGACCUGAAUCCUGGAUUCGAUAGCGAGAAUAUCCAAAAACCUAAACUCAAGCCGGAACACAACAAUUAUCCUAGUAUUAACAUACCCAAUAUAUCUAAGAUUAUAUCCUUGAGGACGACACAAGAGCAGAACACAGCAGUGUCGACUCAAGCUACGUCUAUGGAUGAACCACAGAGUUCAGCUGCGGGAGUGAAGGAAAUGUUCAAGGAAGAACCUAAAGCGAACAAAACUCAAGAUUUUAGCUGUCAGGCAGAGGACACACUGUCGUGGCUAGGGUUAGAGGCCAUCAUGAAGAGUUAUAAAGAAUUUGACACGGCACGAAGGAAAGAGAUAGCGGAUCUGCACCGGCGCAAUACGUCGCUGCGCGUGGAGUGCGCGCACGUGACCCGCGCCGCGUCGCGCGACUCGGACCGCGCGCGGGCUCUGCUCGCCGAGCGUCAGCACCUCGCCGUCGAGGAAAACAGCCUGCGCACGUCCAUACAGAAACUGUGCGCUACUAUCGAAGCUAUAAGAAAUUACUAAUAUAACUAUUGAAACAUCUAUUAUACAUAUGUCGCAGCUAACUGGAUAAAAUAGUCGUUCAAUUGGGUAGCUAGCCAUUUAAUUGAAUGGAGCCAUUCAAUUACACGCCUAGUUUUCUAGUUGAAUUAAUAUAAUAUUGAGACUGUUCAACUAGACGGCUGAGUUAACGUUCUAUCAGUUAUAAAAAUAAAAAAUUUCGCACCUUUGACGUGACCUAAAGAACCAAGAUAACUUCGUUGUUUAUCAUUUCAUCUUUUUAUUGAUUAUUGUAGCACCAAACUUCGAAAUAGUUAUAAACAUACUAAAACAAUCGUAGUCAAAUGCAUUGCUCACUCUCAUUUUCGUUAG